AUGGACAACACUAUAGCAUAUGAAACAAAAGUCGUGUUCAGAGUCGCCAACUUUACCGAUGAGUUGCAAAUCGAUUGGACAGAAAAGAAAAAGUUUGAAAGCAAUGACUUCGUGAUUGGAUCAGAUAAAUGGAAAAUUAGUGUCGAUUGUGAUAAUCGCACAGAAGAUGCUGUUUCUCUAUUCCUUGCUUUGGUUGAGACCAAUGAACUGGUUGUUAAAACACACUACAAGAUGUAUCUCAUCGGUGGUGAUAAUGAUAUCUAUGAAAUACAAGAGUUCGACAACAUUUUUAGUUCAGAUGACGAAUGGAGUGUACCGUUGGUUAUUGAAAAACAAUAUUUGAUUAACAAUAUCGACAAACUGUUUGCUGACAAUAAUAAUACACUUGUUGUUGGCGUUAACAUCACUGUCCAUAAGGAGAUCGGUUACCGAUGUUUGCUAGACUUGCGACACGUGUUUGGUGUACGCGAUCUAAACGAUUGUCGACUUGUUGUCGGCAAAACAGAGAAAGUGUUUUACGUAUCAAAACUCAUACUCAGCGCCCGAUCGGAGGUUUUCGAGAAGAUGUUUACCAUUGAUUGCAAGGAAAAGACAACCAAUGAAGUGAUUAUCGAUGACAUCGACGCCGAUGUUUUCGAAGAGUUUCUGAAAUGCCUUUAUUUAGUGAAAUGCGAUAAAUUGGAUGACAUGUGUGAAGAGUUACUAUACAUCGCCGACAAGUAUAUGGUGUCGUCGCUGAAGACAAUAUGUCUGAAUUUGAUUUUCUUGCGAAUCAAUGGCCGAAAUGCUUUCAAAACACUAAAACUAAUGCAAGACUUUGGCGCCGAUGAAGAACUGAUGAAAAUGACAAACCAAUGGAUCGGCGAUAAUAUCACUUCAGUGGUCACUCAGGAAAUCUUCCAAAACCGAAUCAGUGACUAUACAAUGACUGAACAAAUAUCAAACACAUUGUCGACAUCAGUGAUAGACAACACUAUAGCAUAUGAAACAAAAGUCGUGUUCAGAGUCGCCAACUUUACCGAUGAGUUGCAAAUCGAUUGGACAGAAAUGAAAGAGUUUGUAAGCGAUGACUUCAAUAUUGGAUCAGAUAAGUGGAGGAUUAGUGUCGAUUGUGAUAAUGACACAGAAGAUGUUGUUGACAAACCAAUGGAUCGGCGAUAA